GUGUGGGAGCACAAACCGUUCUUACCAACGGCAAACAACAGCACACAGCAACAGGCAGGAAAGACAGGAGAACAUAUGGCACAAUGUCACUACAAUAAUCCAUAGUAUGUUUCAUUCACCCUGCAAGUUAAUUAAUAAAUAUGCAUUAACUGGAUUUCUGACUGGACCUCACUGCAUUGCAAUGUUUGCUGCUGCGUAGGAUCACUCCCUCAAACCUGUUGAGUAGUGACAAUAAAUUUGAACAUUUGAAGGUGAAGAUUGCCACUACAACUCAAGUAAGAACGGUGCUCUUCGAGUGAAAAGGACAACAAAAAGGACACUGAAGGACAUCAAAAAGCCACAAGAGGACGAAUUCUGCCUUGGCCACGCUGCUGCUCAUCAGCCAGGGUGAUUGGAAACACCUGCCAGCUCUAUAGGACGUCUGUGAAGAACAACUUCUGCCUGAAAAACAGGAGUGUAGCUUCAGGAUGGUAAAGGAGGAUCCAUCAAAAAAGAAGACCAGGUGCCACGGACCCUCUGGCGUCUCCUUUUCCUCUUUGACACAGACCCUUCCCUGUAAAAAGGAAAAGGAAGAGGAAGAGGAGGAACACAGUAUUAGUCAGGAGGGAGAGCAUAUUGAAGGACUGGUGGAGUUCCCAGCGAUUGGUGUCCCUGUGAAGAGUGAAGGUAAUGAGGUCAAAGGUGAAAGUGAGGAGAACAGAGAGGCGGAGCCUCCAAGCAGCAGCUCAACACAACACAUGACAACAGAAGCUGAUGGAGACCACUGUGGAGGAUCACAAGCAGACAAGCUCUUAGCUCCACUAUCAGAUAGUGAGGACACAACGUCACACUCUCCUGACACUGAUGAUGAAGACUCUAAAGAUGAUAAGACAUGUCACACUGACAACACUCACUUCAAAUGUCCUCACUGUGACAAAACCUUCAAAUACCCUUGUCAUCUGAAAACACACAUGAGAAGACACACCGGAGAAAAACCUUUUGUCUGUUCAAUAUGUGGAAGAGGUUUUACACGAAGUCAGAGUUUGAAGUUACACAGGAUAAUACACACUGAAGAAAAACCUUUUAUCUGUUUAAUCUGUAGUAAAGGUUUUGUUCUAAGUAACCAUUUGAAAGAACACAUGAGAACACACACUGGUGAAAAACCUUUCAUUUGUUCAAUCUGUGGUAAAGGUUUUGUACAAAAUAACAACUUGAAAGUACACAUUAGAACACACACUGGUGAAAAACCUUUUAUCUGUUCAAUCUGUGGUAAAGGUUUUGUACAAAGUAACAAUUUGAAAGUGCACAUGACAACGCAUACUGUUGAAAAUACGGUUUCCUGUUCAACCUGUGGUAAAGGUUUUACACAAAGUCAAUAUUUGAAAGUACACAUGAGAACACACACUGGUGAAAAACCGUUUUCCUGUUCAAUUUGUGGUAAACGUUUUACACUUAGUCACCAUUUGAAAGUACACACGAGAACGCACAGUGGCGAAAAACCUUUUUCCUGUUCAAUCUGUGGUAAAGUUUUUAUACAAAGUAACAAUAUGAAAGUACACAUGACAACACACACUGGUGAAAAAACUGUUUCCUGUUCAACCUGUGGUAAAGGUUUUACACGAAGUCAAUAUUUGAAAGUACACAUGAGAACACAUACUGGUAAAAAAACAUUUUCCUGUUCAACCUGUGGUAAAGGUUUUACACAUGGUCACCAUUUGAAAGUACACACGAGAACGCACACUGGCGAAAAACCUUUUUCCUGUUCAAUAUGUGGUAAAGGUUUUACAGAGAGUCAACCUUUGAAAAGACACACUAGAACACACACUGGUGAAAAAUCCCAUUCCUGUUCAAUCUGCAACAGAAGCUUUUGUGAACGACCAAACCUCGUAGUACACAUGAGAACACACCCAGGAGAGAAAGUUUUGAGUUGCAGUGUGUGUGGUGAAAGAUUCUCUUAUAAGUACCAGUGUAAGAAACACAAGUGUGCUGGUGAGAACAGCAGCAGCAAAUGAAACUGCAUGAUUUGAAAUAACUGUCAAGACUGUAAUUUUUCACUUUCUAACAACAUAAGCACAUAUAAUGUAUGACAUUUGUGUGCGUUUUUUUUAGUCAAGUGCACGCAUUAAUUUGCAACAUUGUGUACUUUUAUUAAAAAAAAUGAACAGAACAAUUUGACUGAAAAGGUGAGAGUUAACAGUACAAUACAUUUUUCAAAUAAAAUAAACAUUGUAUGUGUGUAUAUAUUCAACAUACAAUUUUAGACUUAAUUAUAAAAGUGUUUUUUUUUUAUAGUUGUUUGAAAUAUUGAAGUAUUAAAUUUUUUUUUUCUAAUUGUUAAUGAUCCCAGAUAAGCACCUUUAUAUGAUAUACAUGUGUACUGGUUCACAUCUGAAACAUCUGGAUGACUUCAGGAAGCAUAUUAUUAUUUACUUUAUACAUCAUUUGAACAUUUGUCUUUUAUACAAUUUUAAAAUGUGUGACUUUAUGAAUCAUUUGUUGGGUCUCUAUACCAUUGUAUCAAUUAUCUUUAUUACUCUUUUUUUGUAAUAUGAUGAUUGUGUUGUGAUUGUUUCAUUUGUAUGUCCCCAGAUCUUUAUGCAAUAUAAAAGUGAGAGGAAAUGGCUGAAUUGUUUGUGGAAGGAUGGUUUUGUUUUUAAAAACAUACAUUUCUGGAUUAAAAAAAAAAAUCCCCAUUGUUGUGUUUUAAACUUUUUUAAUAUUUUUUUUUUUCCUAUAUAAACAUCCCCAAAACAAUGUCAAUAUUAAUCAAUGUUUGGAGUGUCAGGCAAAAGCCAAUAUUGUACAUCUUCCCACAGAGAUUUACUUUCAAUCAAUACUUUGCAUACUUUCACAAAAUAAACAGUUUAUUUUUUUCCCCCUAUUACAGAACGAUCAAGCGUUGUCUUCAAAUGCAAAACAAUAUUGUAAAAAAUAUUUUUUGUGGUAAAUUCCAGGGUUUUUUUUUUUUUGUUAAAUGAACUCCUUGGCUUCUGGAAGAAUGGAAACUUUCAAGUUAUUCGUAUUUUUUAUUUGUUGUUUUGUUCCAGAUAAAAUACAGUAAUAAAGAAAUAGUAAAGAAUUGUCUAAUUUCAGAGUUUCAAACCUGUAAUAUUGUGUCCAUUCACCAAAAGCCCAGAACGAUUAGAAAAUAGUUCUGAAAAACAUUAUAUGCUGUAUUUAGAAUA